CUAUUUCUUCUAAAUUAAUGGAAUUCUAAUUUACAAUUUGCGAGCCAAUUGCGACCACAAUUAAGAGAUUAGAGUUUACCCAAUCAAAUGACUUUAAUUUAAUAAAGUUUUUUAAAUAACAAAUUUCAACUUUCUUUAAUUUUUAAAUAUUUUUGGAAUCUUAAAGCAAUCGACGCGUCCGAAGCCAUUUGAAUCCCCCAUUUGAAUUCGAACAAUCGAAUCGGAAUUCGAUUCGAUUAUACGUACUCGAUCCAUCCCCCCCUCCCAGUCCCGCCUCACAUCCCUUCUGCGCGUAAUGAUAAUCAGCGAUGAGUUGAAGGUUAUGUCAUUUGUGUAACAUGGCGUCGAGUGAGAGUGGUGAUAUUCAAAAGGUGCUGGAGUAUCGGAUUUACAAGUGUUCCAGCUAUUCGUCCUGUUACAUACCCGAAAAUAUCAUCGUCGACAUACCAUCGGAUCAGUCCUCACGAUGGUCUUCCGACAUCGACAAUCAUCCACAGUAUCUCAUCCUCAAGCUUCAGAGCUCCUCCAUCGUCAAGCACAUCACUUUCGGCAAGUAUGAGAAGACGCACGUAUGUAAUAUAAAGAAGUUCAGGAUAUUCGGUGGACUCGAGCCCGAGAACAUGAUGCAGCUCCUCGAAAGUGGAUUAAGGAAUGAUUCCAUACCAGAGACGUUUGAUCUUAAGCACGUUUUGGGUGAGGAAGGGAAUUACUUUCCCAUUCGAUACUUGAAAGUUCUUCCACUGCAGUCGUGGGGUCCCAGCUUCAACUUCUCUAUAUGGCACAUCCGGCUGACUGGCAUAAAUGAUCCCAAGUUCGUCAAGCCCUGCAUCGACUGGUACAACACGUAUCGGCAAAAGGAGAUAAUAAGGCUGUGUAUGAAACACUUCCGUCAGAUGGAGCAGCCAGAGAUCGUCGAGACCUUGCAGAGGGUCACCGGCGUACCACUGGAGGAUCCGCGGCUCUCGACGCUCUACGAUUUGCUGGUCACCAAGGGCGACCAUCUGCAGGCGGAGCGUUUUAUCGACGACGCGAUCACGAUGGGGCUCUUAAACGAUUAUAUCAAUGCUCAAACUUAUAGAGCAAUUUGGACGAAGUUAACGUCCAGCGAGCCCAAACCUGGGAUGCGGGGCGGUCAUCAGAUGGUGCUCGAUCCCACGGCCGAGGUUCUCUAUCUGUUCGGCGGAUGGGACGGUACGCAGGAUCUCUCUGACCUAUGGUCGUACGACAUUGAGGCCGACAAGUGGACGCUCAUAUGCAAGGAUACCGAAGCGGUGGGCGGGCCGAGCGCGCGCUCGUGUCACAAAAUGUGCCUAGAUCCGCAGAGACGGCAGCUCUUCACGUUGGGUAGGUAUUUAGACACGCAGGUUCGCACCUGCGAAAAUUUGAAAAGCGACUUUUACGUUUACGACAUCGAGUCGAACAAGUGGACGCAGAUCUCAGAGGACACGGGGACGAUGGGUGGUCCGCCACUCGUGUUUGACCAUCAAAUGUCGAUGGACGUGGAAAAGCGAACAAUCUAUGUCUUCGGCGGACGAAUAUUGUCCCAUUCGAGUAGUACCGAUGAACAUAGUCAGGAGCACCAUUUCUCGGGACUGUACUCUUACCACGUGCCGACCGGCACUUGGGUCAGACUCGCUUGUGAUAUCGCCGAUAAGCCUUGCUCGAGAGAUAUGCCGAUCUACAGAUCCCGCGCCGGUCACUCCAUGCUAUUUCAUCCAGUUGGUAUCUCAUCUUCAACUCGAUCCAGAAAGCUGUAUAUAUUUGCUGGUCAGAGAGGCAAGGAGUAUCUGAGCGACUUCUUCACUUACGAGGUCGAUACGCAGCACGUCGAGUAUAUAAGCUACAACGAAUUCGGCACGAAGGAUGCUAAUCACGUUCCCGCGGCCGGAUUCACGCAGAGGGCGACCAUCGAUCCUGAACUCGGCGAGAUUUACGUGCUAUCGGGAUUAAGCAAAGACAAGGACAAGAGGGACGAUAACGUGCAAAAUUCUUUUUGGGUGUACAAUAUCCGGAACAGGGAAUGGUCCUGUAUAUAUCGUAACGAGAACAUCGGUGAAAAAUAUUGGAGUAAGAUGCAAGAUUACGAACCAUGCCCGCGAUUCGCGCAUCAGCUUGUUUAUGAUCACACUAGAAAGGUUCACUUUCUAUUCGGUGGUAAUCCGGGCAGAUCUUGCCUUCCAAAUUUGAGACUCGACGACUUUUGGCAAUUGGAACUACGCCGACCCACGAACGAACAGAUUCUGAAUAGGUGCAAACUGAUCAUCAGGAAGCAUAAGUUCAGGGAGCUAGCUCUGAGCAACAGUAUAGAGGCCCUCGAAUACCUACAGACGAAAAUCUUCGAAAUUAUUGACCAUAGUGAUACGCAGCAAACUAAAGAGUUCCAACUUUUGACGUCGAUUCUCUUCCGGAAACAGAGUAAUUCCUUGGAGGACGAAACUCCCCACUCGAAUACAAUCUUAAGCGAGCUGACGACGCAGCAGCGCGCAAACGCACGUGAUGUACACAAUUUGCGAACCGAACUCUAUGACAAACUCGCGGAAUUCUUUCCGGAAUCGUUAACACAACCGCGAACAAACUUGAUCGAUCUCUUGCCGCUAUAAUAACGCGGCUAGAGAGAAUGCGGAUCGCGAGACCCCGACGACGGAAUGUUCUCUCAUGCCACAUAAUUGUUUCUUUCGGACAACAACGUUCUUGUUGUUCAAAGUAAUCCUUAUUGUUUUUUAAAACUCUUACAAGAUGAGCUUAGCUACGUUUGGCGUGAUUUGUUUUUUCUAUUUUGGAUACCAUUGUGUACUAAUCACGGGGAUAAAAAAGAAAUUGAUUGCUGCAUAUAUUUCGGGUUCAAUUUGCUAGAAGAACUGCCUUUUUCUAUUUAUUUUGGGUUUGUUAUAAUAACUUAAUUGUCAGUUUUUCUUUUUAUUUCUUAAUAACCUGAAAGUAGUUUUUUCUUUAAGACGAAGCACCACUCUACGUGCUAUUUAUACUUACCUAAUACGCAACUUAUCAGAGAUUGACCCCGCGGAACUUUGUGAUAUCGAUAGUUUUCUAACGGACUGGUUAGCUGAUACGUAAGUAAACUAGAGAGACGGUUUUAUAUGUAAUCUCUCCCUGAUAUUCUAUAGAUAUGUGCUUCUAAUGUGGCCAUAAAGUUGUUAUUAUGUUUGCUGAAAUAAUAUAUAUAUAUAUAUUCGUCGCGAAUGUGAAUGGAAGGAAGAUAAGGUUAGACGCGUGCCAGGAAAACUUUUACUGAAGCAUUGCCAGAUUUAGUGCUCUGCAGGCUGUUUCGUACAACUCGACAUCGGCACGAUAUACGCUAUUUUUUGUUAAUAGUAAGCCAAAAAAAUCACUUAUUGUGCAGCUUCGCUAAACACAACAAAUUAUAUAGCCCUUAAGGGGAUGCUGGAGAUGGGUCUAUUUUACCGAUUAAACGCGAUUAUUGUUCUAGUGAAAAACCUUUUUGUUGAUUAUAUAGAAUUAAAAAUCUUUCUCCAGAAUUAAAAUAUAGAUAAUAACGGAGUGCGGUGUACGCAAGUUUAUAUGAAGAACGAACAAAAAUUCAAAAAUAACAAUUUUGUGAUCGACUCCUGCGGUCGACUCGUGAAAACAUUUGCUGCAUAUAAGUUUUAGACUUUAUACGUACAAAACAAGCAUGCUCCGCACAUUGCAUUAUAGAAAGAACAAUUCCAUGCUUUUGGAAAUGAGCCUAGACGUAGGUUCAGUAUAAUAGAUUUCUUUCUAUGAAAAUCUCGUAUGGAUGUUGAGUGCGGAUUCGGAAGAAGUCGAUAAGUAAAGUAAUAUGAAAAAAAAUUUUUUCGUUCUCGAUAUAAAAUCCAAUUUACAGAUUGAUAUUAAUAAAUGUACUUUAAUUCUAGAAAAGUUUCGAAAUCUAUAAAAGAAAUAUAUACGAAAUCUCCUUAAUGACGUGCAUGAAUGACUCUACAUUAUCGACCUCAAUCAAGUUUGAGAAGCAGUCCAGCAUCCCCUUGAUCUGAAAUCUACCGAAACAAAAGUGACCUUUUCUCGGCUUACAAAGAGAUUACGAGACAUAAGACGUUACGGUCAAUUACAUAAAAAAUUUUCUUCUCUAACUAAUUAUAAUUUAAGAAUUAUAAUUAAUUAAAUGAAGAAAUUGCAUUAUUUUAAAUAUAGAAAUUUUGUUUGAUCAACCGCAGUUUCUUCCAACUGGAUAAUUGCUUCCUCAUAUCUCCUACAUUUGUGAAGAGCAAUAAGGAUAUGUUUCAGGUAGUCGAGUUGGAUGGAAUGCCCCGCGUGUCUCAAUCCGGUUUUCUCUUGUAGAACAAUAUUUUUCUUAGAUAAUAACAACUCCGUAUCUCAUGUUCUUUUGUUCAUAAUCUAAGAAUAAGUUCACAUUCACCGGAAAUGCCUUCUAACAACGAGAUAUGAAAUCUGAAAGUGUAUUAUUGCAACUGUCGACGCGAAUUAAGAAUAAUAAUAAUAAUCGACUCACAUUUUCGACCUCUCCAACGACUCUUUUAAACACUCCAAAAAAUAAUCGUCCACAGUAGAGUAAAACCGGCGUAAAACAUGGAGUAAAUUUCAGGAAACUUCAUCAGCAUGUAAAUAUCCACUAUUGACCAUCGUAAUCUACUCGCGUGUUAUAAUUGUAUCGGCGCGUUGCACUUUACUUUAUUGUUCGUCGGCCAAAGUGCAUCCCUGUACAUACGUAAAUCCGCUUCGCGAGCUUAAAAAACGAAGAGAUGCGUAUGCAAGAACGAUGCAAUUAUAUAUGUAUAUUAUGAAACAAUAGAGAGAAGCGAAACUAUUCAUAUAGCCGCUAAGAAUGCGCGCGCGCACGCGCGUAUUAUCUUUGUACAUACAUAUACGAUUAUAUAACGAUGUAAGGAACGAGACGAUUUUUAUAAUGUGAUUCCAGUUACGCUAAGUUUUAAACUAAUGGAACUGUAAAAAGGAGGGAAAGGAGAGUAUAUAUACAUAUGUGUAUAAUAUAUAAAGAGUAAAGCGAAAAUGUACGCAGGCAUAAAAACGAGAUGACGUCGCCGCCAUUCCUCUAAAUAUAUACACGGCGUACAUUAGACGUUUCGAAGCUGGAAGAUAUCGCUUAUACAUAUACACACGUGACAUACGAGACACACGAAAUUCUUCGAGUUUCGGGACGCGCGAGCGAAAUGAGAAAUGUCAAUAUCUAAAGUUCUAGUCAGCUAAUAAAUGUAUGCAAGGUGCACGACAGAGAGAAAA